UGCUUUUGGACUGUGGGAGGAAACCCACGCAGACAUGGGGAGAACAGAGUACAUGGUAACUUCCUAAUUUAAACGGAGAGAGAGACGAGAGAGUCUUGUGCAACGCUAACGGAAAGCGAACUUUUGACCCCAUCACCAAGCAAUUACCGCCAUUUCAGCGCGCCUAGCUGUGCUGGUCCGUGGGGAUUACGCUGGCAACAUUGAUGGCACAACGUCCUGUCUCCUGGGCUUGGAAGAAUGUGGUCUUGAGGGUGAUGACCCAAAUCUGUGCGGACCAGAGCGCACCAUUGAAAGCUACAAUUCCGCUGUUGAUCGCCUCCAGACUGAAGAAACACCUGAUGUGGAAGGCAUAAAAUUCAAAAAUGGAGCAAGUGCAGAGCAAAUCAACAUAAGCAGUGCCAUUACUAAGGUGUUACCAGACCUCCCAGCCUCAAUUCUAAAUAUUGUAGAGGAGACACUACAAUCGUUGGGGGUGGAGACCACUGAGGAUUUUCACUUCAUCCAGGAAGGUGAUCUGCUUUCAGUACUGAGACCAAUUCAGGCGAGAAAAUUGGUGGCUGCCUGGAAACAAGCCACACAGAACACUGAAAUCCAAAGUCAGUUAGCUUUAACUUCUCCAGCUUCCUCAUUGCGCUCCUCACUCUCUCCCUCUCCGUCCCCCUCUCCCAGCUUUCCAAUUAAUGCUGCACACUGGGUUGACAGCUUCCAGAUUCCAUGGGUGAAGUUGCCUGAAGCCUUGAUGCAGUGUUUGGAGAGGGGGAAAAGGCCAAGCCCACGCUUACGGAGGGAAAUGAUCCGGAUUGUUGUUUCUGAGAUGAUGAAUGCUUGUGCUUCUCCCAGUAAGCAAGCCUCCACAGUAGUUGCCAAAGAAAUGGUUGCCAAGUAUACACAGUCACUGCAAGAUGUCAUAGAAGGUGAAGUGGUAGGACCAGGAUAUCACUCACUGGUCAAGCAGUUACAAGCCCGAAUUGAAAAUGUGAAGCGGUCUUCAGCACCAAGGAUGAUGAAGCGCAAACAGGGGUCAGAUGAAUAUGACACAGAGGUUAUCCCAGCCGAACAAAAGGCAGCUAUUCAGGACACUUAUGGCUGCAUAAGUUGGGACAUGAACUUCAUGCCAGUGAGUGAGACACCAGAAAGCCAACAGGAGAAAAAAGACAAAAUGAAGGUCCUCAGUGAACAAGCUAACUUCAGCUCAGAUGAGGUAAAAACCCUUAUGAAGUGCACCUACUACUCCCAACGUAAAGAGAUAAAUAAGGGUACAGAUCUGCAGUGCCUCGUGGAGGAUUGGCCUUUUUUGUUCCAAGAGAUUGGCAUGGCGGUUCACUUCCAAGAGCUCACUGGAGUGCCACUAAAAGAGACUUUCCUCACAAGUGUGGGAAAAAAGGGAAAACGGCUUCUGGACUUCAUGAGAACCGUUUGUGCGAACAAGAACGAACGAGUUUUGCAGGCUGUCGCAAAGCUGAAAAUUCUGAGAGGACAGUUGGAGGGUUGCUUAGAAGAUGUCAAGGAUAUGGUGCUCCUUCUUCUCUCCUAUUUUGAGGAAAAAGAGGAGAACCUCUUACACUAUGUAGACGAAAAAUGUCUGGCAACAGAAGUACAAGUGGAAAGCUUGCCUGUGACUCCAUGCAUCAUUGUAUGUGGUGUUUCUUCAACAUCAAUCCAGAGAGGGGCACAAAAAUUGAAACAAGGAAAAACAAGAAACAACUGUCCGUGAACCCAAGUGUCCUCACCCUCAUCGCAGAUCUCUCUGAUCAUGAGUGGAGAGGAACAUGUUAAGGAUGGAUUUGUCCAACUGAACUCUUAUACAGUACUAGCUGUAUGGAACAGUAUACACUGUUAAUUGUUGACAUUCAGAAUAGUGUUCUUUGAUGUUUUCAGCUAGCUUUAGUGUUUUAAUAAGCAGUGUUUGGUUCUGUUAAAUUCAUGUGAACUGGCUUGUUGUACAUUUUGGUGGAAUUACUAAUGCCUAAUGAUUACUUGAACAGUAAGUUCAAAGCAACAGCAAUUUUGUUUGUCAUUUUUGUUGGAGGCUGUUCUUUCAGUUAGCUUAAACAUUU